AGAGAGGCAGAGAGUCACUCCCUAAACACCACUAUUAACUCCACCCUGAUUUACAUAGGACAGGUGUGGACACAGGUGUGUAUCUGAGGCUGCUUAGUUAACUAGUGGCUGCCGUGCCGAGCGGACAGUAUCCACAAACUUUGCUCGAAUUAUCUUCCCCUCGAACGCAGUUUACCAUAAAAAAAAAAAAAAAAAAUGAACGUGACAGACUUCCAGCUUCCUUUGACCGAGUAUGAUUUCGAGCGUCACUUUGAUGAAAGGCUUGCCAUUGAAUGGAUGCAGGACAACUGGACAAAGUCGUUUUUGUUUGGUGCUGUGUAUGUAGUGCUUGUGUUUGGUGGACAGCACUUCAUGAAGGACAGACAAAGACUUGAUCUCCGGAAAGUGCUAGUAUUGUGGUCCCUUAGUUUGGCCAUUUUCAGUAUCAUUGGAGCAGUGAGAACUGGGUGCUUCAUGUUGUACAUUCUCAGCACCAGUGGUUUUAAGCAGUCUGUUUGUGAUCAGAGCUUCUACUAUGGGCCCAUAAGCAAGUUCUGGGCUUGUGCUUUUGUGCUGAGCAAAGCUCCAGAACUAGGUGACACCAUGUUUAUUGUCCUGCGCAAGCAGCGUCUGAUCUUCCUGCACUGGUAUCAUCACAUCACUGUGCUGGUGUACUCUUGGUAUUCCUACAAAGACCAGGUCGCCGGUGGAGGCUGGUUCAUGACCAUGAAUUACACCGUCCACGCACUCAUGUACAGCUACUACGCAGCCCGUGCUGCAGGACUCCGUGUGCCAAAACCCUGUGCCAUCCUCAUCACAUCCUCUCAGAUUGCCCAGAUGGCCAUGGGCCUGGCAGUAAGUGCACUAGUGUACCAGUGGAUGCAAGAUGGGGACUGUCCAUCUUACCUAGAUAACAUAGUGUGGGCUUCGCUCAUGUACCUCAGCUAUUUGCUCCUCUUCAGUUCUUUCUUUUAUCAGUCCUACAUGAAGAGUUCCAAACCCAAAAUCAUCAAAAGAGAGUAAUUUGCAGGCCUUGUUUUUGGUGGUUAUUCUAAGAUACAUUUAUUAUUAUUAUUUAUAACGGACUACAGUCCUGUCUCGUUUUAGAAAUUGGCUAUGUCUGUAAGGCUGUUCAUCUACAAGCUUUCAUUUUCUGGUGUUAGUUAAGCAUCAAAUACAGCUCUUUAUUUUAUAGUUCAGAACUUUUUUUUUUAAAGGUUUUGAACAAAAUCCAAACUGUUUUGGUUGGAGUUUAUUCCCUCAAGAGUGUUUGUUCCUGCAGAGAAAGCCAACAUUUUUUGCAGGCUUGACGACAUGCCAUGAACCAAUCUGUAACAUAUGGUUUAUACCGUAGCAUGUGCCAAAAUCCUUGUAAUCUAUGUUUGUGGCCUGAAAACAAGCGAGUGAUUCGCUGAUACACGUUUUAUUGCGCCACACCUUUUAAAUUUCAUCUAUUUAGUACAUGCUCUCCUGGAGUGUAGGUGUUAAUGCAUACUAGUCUUUAACCUCAUGAUGUCACAGAAACUUGAAUUAUCUGUGCUGACUGGUUGAACGAGUUAACAUUCGUUUAAAUUGACAAAUAUUUUGACUGGAAUUCUCUUCAAGGACGACACCCGACGUUCUCGUGUUCAUUCUGUGCAUGUUUCUGUCAUGACUUCACCGCAGCUCUGUUUUAAUGAAGUAACAGCAUGUUAAACCAGUUGAAGGAAUGAUUGAUUUGAGCUCUUGUCCACAUAUUGGGUAGAGUCAGCAUGAAAUAUUUUCUCUCUGGCUGUGUUGAAUUGCUGCUUUACAGAUGAGUUAAACCAUAGCCGUCCAUGUAAUGGUGUUUGUUACUUGAAUCUCUAUUAUUAUUAUUAUUAAGCACAGUUUUAUUUAUGUAUUUAACUUGUAUAUCACACACAGUCACUUUUGGGAUAUCGUUUGUUUUAUGGUUGUGCGUUUAGCUUUCUACUGAAAUUAUAAUAAUGAGGUUGAGCAAAAUGAUCAUUCUGAAAGAUUGCAUUAUGUAUUUCUAGAGCACAAACUUUUGAGAGGAUAUUCAGUGAAAUUUAACAUGGAUUCUAACACCGUUUGAAAUGCUGCUAUUGCCUGAGAUCUUGUUUCUUUUGUUUGUAUCAAAACUGUGAAAAUGUAUUAUGUAUUUGCAUUUAAGGGACAUUAGGAUUGUUUUAAAGAAUUUUUAUGGCUUUGUCUUUAGUAUGUUAAGAAUGGCAGCAUAUUACUUAACUUGUUUACAUUUUAGGAAUAGCAAAGUUGAAUGUCAUGGCAUUAAGUUGCAAAACAUUUACUCCUGUAUUUUAAUGAACAAGAACGUACAUGUAAAAAGACAAACAAACAAAAAAAAAAACAUGCUAAAUAUAAUUUUUUUUCCAACCUGAAGAUCUGUACACUAUUUUUUUAGCUAGUAUGAUGUAAUUAU